UUCAGAUCCUCCUGCCUCAGCCUCCUGAGCCACUGGGAUUACAGGCGUAUGCCACCACACCCAGCUAUGUGCCAUUUCUUGAUUAGAGAUGUGGUCUUAGGAUCCAACAUAGGUCCAGUAAGGACAAAUGAUACCAGGUUUAGCUCACUUCCUUUUUGGAUAGGGUUACUGGACUGUCAGGUGAGAAGAAAGCAGUAUUUCCAAUACAUGGUGGGCACAGUCUUGGGUUAGGUGACAACCCAGUUCAAUUGCUUCACGACUGGUCUACUCUUCUCAGACAGGACUAUUUAAUGAUUAGUGUUUGUCUAGACAGUGGUUCCUGAGCACCUCUGAGCUCUGUCCAGUUUUUAUCAGUGACUUAGAUUACGAUGCAAAUGAACUUGGUUUGCAAAUAACAGGAAGGCAGAGGAGGUGUAGUAAAGAUGGUGAAUGAUAAGACCCAAAAGAGACCUCAACAAACAGUAACUAUAAUAAAGAGUGUCCAUAGAUAAGGAGCAGCCUGUCUUAGGGUACAUUCCAAUCUUGGCAAAUACAAACAUAGAAAUGAUUUACAUGUCAGGUGGUAGGUUGGACUUAGACCAAGGGUUGGCAAACAUUUUCCAGUAAAAGGCCAGAGAGCUUUGUGGUCCAUUAUAGUCUCCCUUGCAAUUAUUCAGCUCUGUCUAGCAUGAAAACAACCAGACAAUAUAUAAAAGAAAAGGCUGGGCACAGUGGCACACACUUAUAGUCCCAGCACCUGGGAGGCUGACAGGGAAGAAUCAUUUGAGCCCACGAAUCCAGGACCAGUCUAGGCAGCAUAGCAAGAAAAAAAAAAGUGUGCCAAUAAAACGUUAUUUAUAAAAACAAUCACCUGCUUGGAUUUAACCUGCAGGCUAGAGUCUGCCAAGCCCUAGAUUCAAGAGUGAUUUCCAGACAUUGACCCUCCCAACAGAACUAGCCAGUAAAUAUUGUCACCAGUCUAUACAGAAAUAAGGAAAAUAGGGACAAUGUAAUAAGUUAGGAGUAAGACUAAAUUUAUUCUCUUCAAACAACCCUCCUGAAUUUGGAGAUUCUUUCCUGCUCUUCUGCUGCUCAAUUGUUUUUUCCUUUGUAACAUGAGGGUAUUAGAAGACUGCAGUUUUCAGCUCUGCUUGUUAUUCAGACCUCUACUAAAAACUCAGGACUAUGAAUUUCCAGUUUGAAAUGUUACAAGCCUGUGAGGUGCAGGUGCUGGGGAACCUCAGUGCAGGAGGAUGCAGAGGUGUGACCCCAGGCCCUCACCCCUGUGCUCUGUCUGUCCUACCCCCACCCUCCCGCCUGCUGGCAGCGGUGGUUGGUGCUGGGAUCGGGGGCUCUGCUGUGGCCCAUUUCCUCCAGCAGCACUUUGGACCCCGAGUGCAGAUCGACGUGUACGAGAAGGGAACUGUGGGUGGCCGCUUGGCCACCAUCUCAGUCAACAAGCAGCACUACGAGAGCGGAGCAGCCUCCUUCCACUCCUUGAGCCUGCACAUGCAGGACUUCGUCAAGCUACUGGGGCUGAGGCACCGUCGUGAGGUGGUGGGCAGGAGCGCCAUCUUCGGCGGAGAGCAUUUCGUCCUGGAGGAGACUGACUGGUACCUGCUGAACCUCUUCCGCCUCUGGUGGCACUAUGGCAUCAGUUUCCUGAGACUGCAGAUGUGGGUGGAGGAGGUCAUGGAGAAAUUCAUGAGGAUCUACAAGUACCAGGCCCAUGGCUAUGCCUUUUCGGGUGUUGAGGAGCUGCUCUACUCGCUAGGAGAGUCUGCCUUUGUCAACAUGACCCAGCGCUCUGUGGCCGAGUCCCUGCUUCAGGUGGGCGUCACCCAGCGCUUUAUCGACGAUGUUGUCUCUGCAGUACUCCGGGCCAGCUAUGGACAGUCAGCAUCCAUGCCCGCCUUUGCCGGAGCCAUGUCACUAGCCGGUGCCCAAGGCAGCCUGUGGUCAGUGGAAGGAGGCAACAAGCUGGUGUGUUCUGGUUUGCUGAAGCUCACCAAGGCCAAUGUGAUCCAUGCCACAGUGACCUCUGUGACCCUGCACAGUACAGAAGGAAAAGCCUUGUACCAGGUGGGGUACGAGAGUGAACUGGGCAGUGGAUCCGACUUCUACGACAUCGUGGUCAUCGCCACCCCCCUGCACCUGGACAACAGCAGCAGCAACUUCACCUUUGAAGGCUUCAACCCACCCAUUGAUGAUGUCCAGGGCUCCUUUCAUCCCACUGUCGUCUCCUUGGUCCAUGGCUACCUCAACUCUUCCUACUUCGGCUUCCCUGACCCAAAGCUUUUUCCCUUUGCUAACAUCCUUACCACAGAUUUCCCCAACUUCUUCUGCACUCUGGAUAACAUCUGCCCCGUCAACAUCUCCUCUAGCUUCCGGAGGAAGCAGCCUCAGGAGGCAGCUGUUUGGCGAGUUCAAUCUCCCAAGCCCCUCUUUCGGACCCAGCUGAAGACCCUCUUCCGUUCCUAUUACUCAGUCCAGACAGCUGAGUGGCAAGCGCACCCCCUCUAUGGCUCCCGCACCACCCUCCCAAGGUUCGCACUCCAUGACCAACUCUUCUACCUCAACGCCCUGGAGUGGGCAGCCAGCUCUGUGGAGGUGAUGGCUGUAGCUGCAAAGAAUGUGGCCUUGCUAGCUUACAACCGCUGGUACCAGGACCUGGACAAGAUUGACCAGAAGGAUUUAAUGCACAAGGUCAAGACUGAGCUGUGAGGACCUCAGGGAGAGCCCAGGAACUUCUGCACCACAGUGAAGAUGGUCACACCCCACGGCAGCCCAGGACCAACAGCCACAUUCCCUGACAAGCUGCUCUUUUGACCCCUAAUGUAUUUUUUCCCUCCAGUGUGGGUCCAGGUGAUCCACCGCCUGCCUAUCUAUCUUAAGGACCUUUACAGUGGUUGCGUGUUUUGAGGGAGAGGAUAACAAAAGGGAAGGGAAUUCAAGCCAGUGUACUUGUCUUAUUUAUUUAUUAUUUUUUAAGGAGAAAUAAAAAAUCAUCUUCUCAA